AGCCAUUUCGGUUCAAGCUGUCUUACAAGCAUGUCUGGCCAAGCAGUACCGUUUCGCGAUGGGGACAUCGUCCAGGCAGUUCAAACGAUCCGGACCCUUAGCGGUGCCAACGACGAGAUCUGGGAGGUUACAGUCGCGCCUGGCACAUGGGGAUGCGUUAAAGAGAACAGAGGCAUGACCCAAUAUGCCCAGGGCCAGAGAGUGAAUCAGGCACCAUCAUUGCAUAUGAUUUUCGACAGCGGACAUGGAAGGCCAAACUCGUUGGUGCCAACAACGUUCAGGUUUGAUGCGUCAAGUGUUGAGAAACACCCGGACAUGGACUCCGAAGAACACAGGAUUGAUGUGACCAGCGGAAAAAGUUUCACAUUGCGGGAUCUAGGCCUGCGCGCAAGCACACACAAUUACCAGAUGUUCAUGCGCCCGAUCCCUCAAGAACGCAACCGCCAGGGGCUCAAGAUAACUUGCUUCCGGCAGUUAUUGUCUUAUUGAUAUUGGGACUCGCUCCAGCGCCAAGUUCCUCGCCCAGAUGCUCAUGUGUCGACACUGGCCACUGCAAUGUCGCUACCUGCAACUAGCGGGGAAUGCUUCCUGGGGUACACAUUGUUUCGGGCGAGUCCCUAUGGCUUCGUUACAGCAGGCCGACUGGCACAAGGCUCUGAAAUCAUUGCGUCGAGUGGACAGACCAUCCGUGUGAAGGAGGUGAGCAUCACACCUUUAGCAGAGCAGGAUCUUGUGGAGCUCAGCACGAUAUCUGCUGGACUAAAGGUCAGCAAGUGUCACCGAGUCAUGGUGCAGCGCGGUUCAUCCCCGCAAACCAUACCUGCAGGUAAUCUGCGCUUCGGUGACCCGGUGUACAUCAGCGGUGACAAAGUGGAGAAGUUGAUCGAUGUGCGGAAUGUGCUUGAAUGGGUUGAGCUCGUUUCAGUCACAUUCGAACCUGACGAGACAGUGGAAGCAUUCCACCCGGCUCCGGCUUCAAUUUUGAGCAAGGGGCAUGGAUUUCCCAAAACGUCUCGUCGAAGCACACGCCGUAGCACACGUCGAGGCACGAGUGCAGACGUUCGGUCGUCCAUUCCCGAUACAGACGAUGGCUGGCAGGACUGAAGCACAAUUAGGACAGGUUUGUUUGUAAAGGUCCUUUUGAGCACAGCUACGGCUUGUUGCCAAUUGAGCCUGCGCAACCUUAGCUUCAGAAUGCAUGCCUUGUCUUAUUGGGGCUAGUUCUAGAUUUUGGGCACACAACACCGAACAUUAAUGAACAUUGUCUUGUAGCAUAGACAAGCGCAUGUGCUGCCACAGAAACCACAUGGUCAAUUAGGCGUGUUUUUCGAGUCUUUUGAAUCCGCAUGUGCACAAGGAUUGUUGCAUGCCUUGGUGCCCUCAUUGCGAGCUUGUUUGCGCUCGUAUGCCUGCUUGCGUUCAGUUUGUGUGCACGUCUACGGAUUGUUGCCACAGCGAAUGUUUGUAGUGUUUCUGAUGCGGCGGCGCUUCCCUGACCAGUAUCGCAAGUCUAGGUAGCGAAUUUCGUAAGCUUAGGCCGCUUAACCCACGCAUCUAACGAGGGAGGUCCGCGAAUCCCGCCUGACCCCCGGUCGGCCCGAUCGUCCUCUUCAAUGCCCUGUUUCCCUUCGUCCCCGUCCUCCUUUUCCUUCUCCCCCUCUUCUCAUUUGCACUAUGUUCCUGCUCCUGCUCCUCAGUCUCUGUGCCGUGCGCUGAACCUGAAGAACAGGUUGAGCGCAAGGAGGCAACUAUUGUUCUUGCCGUUGCUAGUUUUGAUUCGCGAAGCGUGGCUAAGCUCAGCCAAGCUGUAUCGGCUGCUUUGCGAUUGGGUGCCAGUUGUUAGUUCACCGUGUCUGGCUAGACUUGGUGAAGUAAUUGAGCUACUGGGCAAUGGAACGUGGUUGGUUAGACGUGUACCGC